GCUAGCCACCUUUCGCGCGUUCCUACCUGCGCUGCCCAGCAAUGGGACUUCAUUUGAUUUGAGAGACGGCGAUCGACGACGACAUGGGUCGUGGACUCAUGCAGCGGUAGCUCCACACCGGCGACCAGUAGCCCCUAGCUCUCGUUUUAUAUAUAAACCGUGCGCGCCUUAGCCCUCGCACUCCCGAUCGAGCGUAACAACAACUCCGCCGGCCCAUUGCCCAUAGCCACUCCAGACGAUCGACCCGCGCGCGGGGCCGCCGUACGUACUCGAGCUUGGAAUCGAGCAUGUCGUCGAGAGCGCCGCCGGUGGAGCUCGACUUCCUCGGCCUCCGCGCCGCUGCCCUCGGCGAGCAACGCGGCAAGAACACCGGCUCAUCCUCCUCCUCCUCCUCCUUGUCGUCCAUCCGAGGGAUGGAGACGAGCGCAAUAGCGAGGAUAGACCCCCAGCUGCUGCGCCGCGUCGUCGUCCCCCGCUCGCCGGCGACGACGGAAGAGGCGCCUGCGGCUCCCAGUCCCAUGACGGUCUUCUACAACGGCUCCGUUGCCAUCUUCGAUGUCUCCCACCACAAGGCAGAAGCUAUAAUGCAGAUGGCAAGGGACGUAACGUUGGCAGAAAGGCGUGACCUUGGCAACAAUACACCUGUUGGAAAUUCAAGCAAAGACAUACCACUGGCAAGAACAAAGUCGUUGCAGCAGUUCCUCGUGAAGCGUAAAGAGAGGUUGACCCGCAUGGGUCCAUACCAUCCCGGCGCCACCACCAUCAGCGGCAGCUCUCUUGGUGUGAAGAAGGAAGCGGAAGCAGCCUAGCUAGCUUCUGGGCUUGACUGAUUAGCUUGAUGUUCAUUUGGUGCUCUUGAUUAUAGGGUAUAGCUAAUUGUUCCGGUGAUUACCGGUGUAUAUUCAUGUGUGUGGAAAUGGAACUAGGGCCCCGCUUGGUUCACGUGUAUUUAUAUACACUUGUAUUUAUUUUACAGGUGUAUAAUACUGGUCUUAUUUGAUUUUUAACUUGAAAGAAAAACGACCAGUGGAGGUCUGUAUAUUUUACACCGGUAUUGAACUAAGAAACGUCAAUCCAA